CCUUUGAAUUUGGGUAAUGAUGCUGAGCUGGGCAGUGGGCAUUCUAUUGCCAAGUGUCGACGUCAGCAAAGGCCGGCGGCAAACAAAUGGUCCGAUGGCCGGCGAUGGGCCGCCUCAUGAGUCACAUCAACACAUGCGCAGGGGCCACUGGUCAGAGUGGUGCUGUGAGAGUGAGUGAGUAUGAGUGUGAAGUAGGAUGAGUAUGAGAAUAGUAUAGAAUGAGAUGAGCGUGAGAGUGAGAAUAGAUAUGAGAGUGAGAGUGAGAAUGAGUAUAGAUGAGAAUGAGCAUAGAUGAGUCAUGGUGAGUGCGCUGUCAAUGAAAUCUGAUGACUGAGCACAAUUUGGAUUCGGAAUAUUUUCUUGAUUUCUAACCGAUAACCACCACCAGCACACAUAAGAGACAUGAGGCCCCAUCCGCCAGUCCACAUACACCCUCACAUCAUGGAAGACAUCUCAGUCAUGCGCGCACUGCUCCUCCUCAGUGCCACACACAGGAAACUCAACCUAGAAGACUCCAUCUACGACUCAAGCAGCCCACUCAAAGCAAUCCAGCUCGCAGGCGUCGCAGGCAGGCUCAACGCACGCAUCUACGCAGAAGAGACAGCAGGCGCACGCAUACACACUGCAGCAGGCGCACGCUCACUGCGCAGCCCACUCUAUGAAUCCAUCAUCGCCGAGUCGGACGAUGAGGAGGACUCGGACGCACACUGGACCGACCACGGUCUUGCGCAGAUGAGCACUGCCAUCGAGGUUGGCACGGGUCAGCGCGAGAUCCCGAAUCAAGUCAUUGAGCUGCUGGAUGAAGAGGAAAAGCCAUUGAGGCACAUUGACGAAGACUACGACGCACCAGAUUACGAGAUGGACGAUGAGGCGUAUGACGACGACAUGCCCAUGCUCUCACGUCAGACAAGCCAUGUCUUUGGCGAAUCAUCCUCCUCAUCAUCAUCUGCGUCAGACGACGACGAGCAAGAAGAAACAGAAGAGUCAGAAGAAGUGCACGCGAAAGUUGACGAUGCCAAAGCGGAAGAGGAGCGUAUCAAGCACACAUUCUACAUGUCUUGCAAUGUACCGCCGUCAGCAUUCCAAUUGUCAGCGCAUGGCGAACAAAAAUACAGGCCAGCGAUACUACAAGAAUCGCCGCCGAUGGCAGCCGCCAUGGCCUGAGCCAUCAGUCAAGCCUUUUGAUGACCUCUUCUUUUCAGCGACAGCGUUCAAACAUUUCACAAUCUUCACGCCAACAU